AUGAAGGCUCUCCUUGUUCUGGGGGUUCUCUUCCUUUCAGUCACUGUCCAGGCCAAGGUCUAUGAAAGAUGCGAGUUUGCCAGAAUUCUGAAGCGAGAGGGAAUGGAUGGCUUCCACGGAAUUAGCUUGGCCAACUGGAUGUGCCUGGCCAAAUGGGAGAGUAAUUACAACACCCGAGCAACAAACUACAAUCCUGGAGACAGAAGCACUGAUUAUGGGAUUUUCCAGAUCAAUAGCCGCUGGUGGUGCAAUGAUGGCAAAACCCCAAGAGCAGUUAAUGCCUGCCGCAUAUCUUGCAACACUUUGCUGCAAGACGAUGUCACUCAAGCUAUAAAAUGUGCGAAGAGGGUUGUCAGUGAUCCACAAGGCAUUAGAGCAUGGGUGGCAUGGAGAAACCGCUGUCAAAACAGAGACCUCACUGAAUACAUCAAAAAUUGUGGAGUCUAA